AACAAUCGAGAUGACGUUCGAAAGAUAAUCCACCCGGGCCUGGACUCAAUAAACGCGGUAUUUUUACAUUUUUACGGUGAACUCUAGUUUCCUCCGGAGUUCAAUUGGCAAAUAAAAUACUAUUUUCGUAAAAAAAAUGAGCCAGAAUUUACUCUAAAUAAUUUCAAUUGAAUUCGUGUGCUGUUUUCCAUUCACAUAGUCGUUGAAAUUGAAAUGGUUCAUUCUGAAUGCGAAUGAACUUGAAAAACAAAAAUUCAUUGAGCCCACAUUGUAUUAAUAAGGAAAAGCACAGACGGGUUAAAACAAAUAUAAUGAACGCGAAUACCUUAUUUUAACGUAAUGUUGAACAACCGACCGGCUUAAUAGCCAAAGAAUGAAUUCAAAAAGAUUUCUCAAUUUCAUGUGUGUAAAAGAUUAGAAUGUUGUAAUUGGAUGUGGAUGAUGAGUGUGUAUGUUGAAGAUAAAUUGCUGAAUAGACUAAGGAUUGAACAGAAAAAUUAUGGAGCUAUAGCGAGUAACAAAACAAAACUAGCGAUAAUAAUAAUAAUAUAAUGAUGAUAAUAUUGUUAUAAUAUGACGGUAGUUUCUGCAUUUUUUAUUAUCCGUAGAUUUAGAAGAACAUGGCUCGCUCCAGGUUUUUUUCUUUCCCUUUCGUUGUAUUGUUUCAAUAAAAAAAAUGUAAAAUUCAUAAGCACUCGUCUCAUAAAUCAUAAACAAUAUGAGUCAUAACAGGUACUUGGAAGAAUAAAGUAUCAAAAAUCUGUAUCAGACGUACGUCCCUGAGCGUCACGUGGUUCCAGUUGACCUAAUACCCCCCUCGUACGCAUGACACAUCAAUAACAUCAAUUUCUACCGUUCUCUGCAGUACAUCCAAUAUAUCCAACCGCAAACUGCAGAAUUCCAUACUAUCAUUGUCAUUAAAAAAAAAAUCAACUAGUUGAAAUUUGUUUCUAAUUAAAAGAGCGAAGAUUGAUAAUCAAUGUAACCGAUAAGGCCUAAUUAGCAUUGAAAAUGUCCACAAAGGCCCGAUCACUCCAUAUGAAAUUUGCAAAAUCGUCGCUAAUGAGCACCAGACAAAUAUCGUGAGAAAAAAUUGCAAUAUAAUAUGAUAAAAUGUUAUUGAAGGUAUUGUGGUCCAAUUGGUUUGAGGCAAUACCGGUCCCUCGUGCCCUCAGCAAAUAAUUCAACCUUGCGCUCGGAGGAAGUAUGGAACGCUGGAAGUGCUAAAGUCCAUUACUCUUAAACGCUGAGAGUAAUGCGCCAGUGAAUAUUAUCAGUUAUACUCUGGCACUCGUGACAUGAGGUUGUCCACUCAGAUAUUGUGAUAACGUCAAUUUCAUUCAGUAUCACUGAGUGGCUGAAUUAUCAUCUAAUCGGAUGGUUAAUAAAUUCCACGUGGAAUUUUUGCGAUAAGAAAAAAUUUGCUAUUUGUAUUUUUCGUUGCGAAGAAUAAAUCAGUGUUUCUCUGAAUCAAUCACUUCGGGUUUACGUCUAAAUAAUUCGUCCCUCUUCCUCAGAAGAGUAAAAGGAAAUUGAAACUGUGUUUGAGGAAUGGACGACGUGUACUUGAACGUAACAAUCGAUGAAAAUAAUGUUUUUCACGGGGCAAAGGAAGUUAUUAAGCAAUUGAGACCCAAUUGGCCGACAGAGCAAUUGAAAUUCAAGAUUUUUACCGAUGGAAUCACAAACAGAUUGAUUGGAAUUUAUUUCGAUGAGUACAACAGUAUGGUAUUGAUUAGAGUUUAUGGCGAGAAGACGAAUUUGUUGAUUGACAGGCAAGCUGAAAUAAGAAAUAUCAAGAUUCUACACAAAGCAGGCUAUACACACUCUUUGUAUGCCACUUUCAACAAUGGCCUCGCCUAUGAGUUUUUGCCAGGAGAAAUCCUGACGGUGGAAACUGUUAGACAACCGGAAAUUUACAAACUCGUUGCAAAACGAAUGGCUCAAAUGCAUAGACUCGAUCCAGAGGAUCCUAUGAUGAUAAAAAAACCAAUGGUUUGGGACAAAAUAGAAUGUUUCAUGAGUCUCAUGCCAAGGCAAUUCGAGGAUCCUGUCAAGCAGGCCAAGUACGAAAAAACGAUAAAACCAUUCGAGAUAUUGGAACAAGAAUAUAAAUUACUAAAGGAAGAGUUAUCAAAAUUGGACAGUCCAGUUGUGUAUUGUCAUAAUGACCUUUUGCUUGCAAAUAUUCUCUAUGAUACGAGGGACAAAUCAGUUGUCUUCAUCGACUUCGAAUAUACAGCUUUCAAUUAUCAAGCUUUCGAUAUAGCCAAUCAUUUUGCAGAAUUUGCCGGUGUUGAAAAUAUAGAUUACUCACUUUACCCCGGUGAAGCACUUCAGAGAUCAUGGCUCAGAACGUACCUCCAAGUUUACAACAAAUGUAACAAUGUUUCAGAAGAUGAUGUGACGAAAGUUUAUGAACAGGUUGAGAAAUUUGUGCUGGUGGCACAUUUUCUCUGGGGCUGCUGGGCAAUAGUCCAGUACGCCAACUCCUCAAUUGAAUUCGACUUCCUGCAAUUUUCCGCAGAUCGAUUCAAUGAAUACUUCAGGCGAAAGGCAGUUCUGGGUGAUAGAUGAAACAGAGGAACAAUUUUGGUGCCUGCAAUGUCGCAAAAAAAAUCCAAUGCAUUCAGUUGAACAUCUUUCGGCACCAAAAUUAACAAAGUGGCAAAGCUGGUCUUUACUAAUUUUAUAUGUCACGGAGACGAGAAUUAUAUUGUUGAACGAAUGUAUGUUUUUAUGUAUAAAAAUUUUAUCAAACAACGUUA